GGGCAUGCGUGCUGAAUCCCCAGUUUUUGCGCCAAACUGCAGCGAGGGUGUAUUUUCCUGUGAGCUUGUGUUCUUUUUCUCUCCCAAAUUUAGCCAAAUUUUAAAAGAAUUAUGCCAAAUAUUAAGCUCUUCACCGGAAGUUCUCAUCCCGACCUUGCCCAGAAGGUCGCGGACAGGCUUGGCAUUGAGAUGGGCAAGUGUACGACGAAGAAAUUCAGCAACCAGGAGACGUGUGUGGAGAUCGGUGAAAGUGUACGCGGGGAGGAUGUGUACAUCGUACAGAGCGGCUGUGGAGAAAUAAACGACAACCUGAUGGAGCUUCUCAUCAUGAUCAACGCCUGCAAGAUCGCGUCUGCCCAGCGCGUGACGGCCGUCAUCCCGUGUUUCCCGUACGCCAGGCAGGACAAGAAGGACAAGAGCCGAGCGCCCAUCUCAGCUAAGCUGGUGGCUAACAUGCUGUCUGUGGCCGGAGCUGACCACAUCAUCACUAUGGACCUCCACGCCUCACAGAUACAGGGGUUCUUUGACAUCCCGGUAGAUAACCUGUAUGCUGAGCCUGCUGUGCUGAAGUGGAUCCAGGAACACAUCCCGGAGUGGAGGAACAGUAUCAUUGUCUCACCCGACGCCGGCGGGGCCAAACGAGUAACGUCCAUCGCUGACCGGCUGAACGUGGAGUUUGCCCUCAUCCACAAGGAGCGGAAAAAGGCGAACGAGGUUGCGUCCAUGGUGCUGGUGGGAGACGUGAAGGACCGCGUGGCUAUCCUGGUGGACGACAUGGCCGACACGUGUGGAACGGUCUGUCACGCUGCCGAGAAACUGCUGUCGGCCGGUGCCCUGAAGGUCUACUCCAUCCUGACCCACGGUAUCUUCUCCGGGCCGGCGAUCUCGCGGAUAAACAACGCUGCGUUCGAGGCCGUGGUGGUCACAAACACCAUCCCACAGGAGGAGAAGAUGAAGGCGUGUUCAAAGAUCGCGGUGAUUGACAUUUCUAUGAUCCUGGCGGAGGCCAUCCGGCGUACACACAACGGGGAGUCUGUCUCAUAUCUCUUCAGCCACGUCCCACUAUAACACUGGACAUGGCUUCUCAACGGUAGAGGCAGCAACAAGCAGACAACUUUGUGCUUUAUAUACCUGUAAAUUAAAUGCUUUGCACUAGUUGGUGAAUUUUAACUUUCUUAUUGCUGAAUUAGCCUUUUAUCACCAAAUUUGUAUUGGUAUUGGGUUAGGCAGCAGGGAGAAGGUUAAGUUUCUUCAGUCAGUUGUGAUGAUAAUGAUGUGAUAGUUCUAACAUGAUAGCCAGUUGACAGUA